UACGGUUCAUUAAAUGCAAAAGAAAUAGCAACAUUCGCUCUGCUAUCUAUUGCUUUUCACUGGAGUCAGGCAGACUGUAGUAGUUGUCCCACAGAUACAAUCGUGAGUCCGAUGUUGGACUUCCUGGUCGGGCAGUGCUUUUUAUUAGAAUUAGAGAACACAAUUUGUCAGACAUCUUCUUUCUAAACUAAUGUGCAAUUCAGUCAUCAGGUUUCAAUAUCAUUUCCAAUUGUGAUAUUUCGCAGUGGUCUACAGGGAGAGGAUUCAUUAACGUUACUCGUCAAAGUUAGCUAGUGAGCUAACGUCAACGUUAGGCUCUGCUGUGCUCUAGCCAUGUCCGCUUCAGCUGGAUGCUCCCCGGCGGGCCAGAGCUCGGGCCUUGGUCCCGGUAUGUCUAUGUUUCGCUGGCUAGAAGUGCUGGAAAAAGAAUUUGACAAGGCCUUCGUGGAUGUGGAUCUGCUGCUCGGAGAAAUAGACCCAGAUCAAGUCGAUAUUACGUACGAGGGUCGGCAGAAGAUGACCAGCCUAAGCUCCUGUUUUGCUCAGCUCUGUCACAAAACCCAGACGGUUUUCCAACUCAACCAUAAACUAGAGGCUCAGCUGUUGGACCUGCGUUCUGAGCUUACUGAAGCUCAGGCUGAGCGUGUGGUGGUAGAAAGAGAGGUCCAUGACCAACUUCUGCAGCUUCAUGCUCUCCAGCUGCAGAUCCAUGCCAAGCAAGGCCAAGCUGAGGACUCUGACUCCAUCAAAGAUAGACUGCCUGCACCAACACUGGGUGAGAGGGAACAGGAGCUCGAGGCCAGCAAGAAAGAAAAAUUAGCAGAGGCAAGGCUGGAGGCAGAAGUGAGACUAUAUAAGAAGGAAAAUGAGGCCCUUCGCAGGCACAUGGCAGUACUUCAGGCUGAAGUGUAUGGAGCCAGACUGGCUGCAAAAUAUUUGGACAAGGAACUGGCUGGCAGGGUGCAGCAGAUCCAAUUACUGGGUCGUGACAUGAAAGGGCCAGCACAUGACAAGCUGUGGAACCAACUGGAGGCAGAGAUUCACCUUCACCGCCAUAAGACUGUCAUCCGAGCAUGUAGGGGUCGCAAUGAUCCUAAGAAACCUCUUCCCUCUCCUGUAGGGCAUGACUCAGACAUGUUAAAGAAAACCCAGGGAGUAGGCCCUAUCAGAAAGGUGGUGCUAGUCAAAGAUGACCACGAGGGCUUGGGAAUCUCCAUCACAGGUGGGAAGGAGCACGGUGUUCCCAUUCUAAUUUCAGAGAUCCAUCCUGGUCAGCCUGCAGAUAGAUGUGGAGGUUUGCAUGUCGGAGAUGCCAUUCUUGCCGUCAAUAGCAUCAAUUUGCGUGAUGCCAAACACAAGGAGGCUGUCACCAUUCUGUCUCAGCAGGGAGGGCAGAUAGAGUUUGAGGUGGUGUAUGUGGCUCCAGAGGUGGACAGCGAUGAUGAGAAUGUGGAGUAUGAAGAUGACAGUGGCCAUCGCUACCGACUCUACUUGGAUGAACUGGAGGAUGGUAGUACAGCGCCACCUGGUGACAGCUCAGCAUCGCUGCAGGCUCUGGAGAAGAUGUCACUGAGCAAUGGACCAGAGAAUGGAGAUACUGGGAUCUCCAGUGAGACACCUUCAGAGGAAACCCCUUCGAAGCCUCCUGACACUGACUUCUCCUCCUAGAGUCCCAGCCAAGCCAUCGUUAUUAGGGGAGAUAGCAACAGGAUUGGUGGAAAAAUCCCUUUCAAGAACUGAAUCAAAGAAUUCUAUGACAAGCAGAAACAAUCCCCCUCUUUUUUCCCAUUUUCCUCUUGGUAUUCUUGUGUGGUGGGAUUUGGGGUUUUAGUCUGGGCAUGUGGUAAUCAGUCUGUUAACAUGCACUGAAGUAACCAGAUUACAGUCAGCUUUCUCCAGUAAGCUGAUUUCUUAACUGUCAUGCAAUCAGCUAUGUAUCUUGGCUAUGUAUACAUGUUACCAGUUUGCUAAUUGGCUUUUUACAUGUAGGCAUGCAUGUGACAAAAGACAGGGAAAGUAAGUGGAGUGGCUGAAUGAAAGGAGAGGUAAUUACAUGGAGUGAUGCAUUUUCAUAUUUAAAAUAAUUCCAUCCAAAGAUCGACUAACUCAAAGUGGCCUGUAUAAGUCUAAAUAAGUUGGUCUGUUAAAUUCAGACAUAUUUGUGCUGUGAAGGAAAAGCUUCACUCUGUCACUCUGUCAGUUAGCUCCUACACAAACACACGCGCACACACACACACACACACACACACACACACACACAAAAGUCAGAAAGUAGCGUAUUCUAUCACUAAUACACUUAAAAUCAGUAAGCCAUGCUUUAGUGCACAGUAAAGAGCGCAGGUAAACUUGUUCCCCAAUUGCUGAUAUUACCUGGUUUCUCUAAAUAACCUGGUUACUUAAAUGGAUGAAAACACACUGAAAGUGUGAAUUUGAUAUUUAGCUAUGAUACUAAUGGGAAUUAACAGGACAGCUGCAUGCUAGAAAAUGGCAGAAAAAGGAGAAGUCAUCAAGCUGUCAUAGAGCCACAGUAACAUCAGGGAGGAAGAGAUUACCAAUUAUUGAGAAAUACUUGUAAGGGCCACUUUUCAGGACACUUGAAGAGUGUUUUGCUUCUGUUUGUAUAGCUACUCAUCUGGUCUUGGUAACACUAUGACAAGACUACAGUAUAUUGUCCUAUAGGGACUCUGGGAGAGGCUAGGAAAAUAUCUUAAAGAGAAAGUGAAUGAAAAAUGGCAGAGAAUUUUUAUACUCAUUGUUUUAAAAAAAGAGAGAAUAAAUCUAUUAACCUUCUCAGAUGUGAUCACUUUAGCUAGCAAGAGCAAGACCAUUCAUGCUCAUUCAAAUGAGAUGUUAAAUAAAAUUUUGAAUUGGAAAAACCCUGUCAAAUAUCAAAUAGGAAAAUGUGAUCAAAUCCUGCCUUUUUCAAACUUUUUUGAAACACAUUUAAAACCUUAUCAAACCACAUAAAUGGAUACACUAAAAGUUAAAAAACAGUGGGCAAAAUUUCUUUGGAGAUUCAAAAGUACUUGAACAGCUGCUUCUGGCUCUAAAUUGAAAUUCAGAUUCGUUAAAAUGCAGAAUUUUUUUUAUGGUUAUAGUGUAUCAAAUAUACAUACGUACAUUUACUUAAUAAACCAACAAUCUUAUUAGUAUUCUGUUUUUUGUUUGUUUUUUCCCUCUUAUCCAACUGAGAAAUCUGUAAUAGAGGACUUUCAGGUGAUGAAUUUACCCUCUGGUGAGAGAGGGUCUCUUGGACUUUGGCAACAGUGGCUGAGAAGAAACGGAUAAUUCUAGCUGAUUCUCACUUUGGGGGUUUCCUUCGUUUGAAGUUGGUAUUUCAAAGCAUAAUGUGUCAUAAAGGUCUGACAAGUACCAUUUCAAAGGCUCCCCCAAAUCCAAUCUAGAACCGCGGCCUUCUUUUUCUCAACAACUCGUGUCCUAUAAAGCCCUAGUAGUACUCCCAUCCCCAAUUUUUUUAGGGGGUCCUUGUCAAGUCAUAAGGCCCUUCAGAGUCAGCAUUCAGCAAAACAAACAAUGAAGACAAUGCCAUAUGUCCAUUUAACACUGACGGUCAUUUUCCCUCUUGUAGUUUUUUUUUUUUUUUUUUUUUUUUG